AUGCCCAGACUGGAGCCAGGGAUUGAGCCUGCAACCCAGGUUUAUUUUCUUGAAAAGGCUCCAGGCUUCGGCUUGGAAAACCCAACCGCCAAAAUUGAGCCCAGCAGCUGGAGCGGCAGCGAGAGCCCUGCCGAAAACAUGGAAAGGAUGAGUGACUCUGCAGAUAAGCCAAUUGACAACGAUGCGGAAGGGGUCUGGAGUCCUGACAUUGAGCAGAGCUUUCAGGAAGCCUUGGCUAUCUAUCCACCAUGUGGGAGGAGGAAAAUCAUCUUAUCAGAUGAAGGCAAGAUGUAUGGUAGGAAUGAAUUGAUAGCCAGAUACAUCAAACUCAGGACAGGGAAGACGAGGACCAGAAAACAGGUGUCUAGUCAUAUACAGGUCUUAGCAAGAAAGAAAGUUCGAGAAAUUCAAGCCGCCAUUAAGGUGUCUAGUCACAUUCAGGUUCUUGCCAGAAGGAAAUCUCGUGAUUUUCAUUCCAAGCUAAAGGAUCAGACUGCCAAGGAUAAGGCCCUUCAGCACAUGGCCGCCAUGUCCUCAGCCCAGAUCGUCUCAGCCACUGCCAUUCACAACAAGCUGGGGCUGCCUGGGAUUCCACGUCCGACCUUUCCAGGGGCACCGGGGUUCUGGCCGGGAAUGAUACAAACAGGGCAGCCAGGAUCCUCACAAGAUGUCAAGCCCUUCGUGCAGCAGGCCUACCCCAUCCAGCCAGCGGUCACAGCCCCCAUUCCAGGGUUUGAGCCUGCGUCAGCCCCAGCUCCCUCAGUCCCUGCCUGGCAGGGUCGCUCCAUUGGCACAACCAAACUUCGCCUGGUAGAAUUCUCCGCUUUCCUCGAACCACAGCGAGACCCAGACUCGUACAACAAACACCUCUUCGUGCACAUUGGGCAUGCCAACCAUUCUUACAGUGACCCGUUGCUCGAAUCAGUGGACAUUCGUCAGAUUUAUGACAAAUUUCCUGAAAAGAAAGGUGGCUUAAAGGAACUGUUUGGAAAGGGCCCUCAAAAUGCCUUCUUCCUUGUAAAAUUCUGGGCCGAUUUAAACUGCAAUAUUCAAGAUGAUGCUGGGGCUUUUUACUGUGUAACCAGUCAAUAUGAGAGCUCUGAAAACAUGACAGUCACCUGUUCCACCAAAGUUUGCUCCUUUGGGAAGCAAGUAGUAGAAAAAGUAGAGACGGAGUAUGCAAGGUUUGAGAAUGGCCGAUUUGUAUACCGAAUAAACCGCUCCCCGAUGUGUGAAUAUAUGAUCAACUUCAUCCACAAGCUCAAACACUUACCAGAGAAAUAUAUGAUGAAUAGUGUUUUGGAAAACUUCACAAUUUUAUUGGUGGUUACAAACAGGGAUACACAAGAAACUCUCCUCUGCAUGGCCUGUGUAUUUGAAGUUUCAAAUAGUGAACAUGGAGCACAGCAUCAUAUUUACAGGCUUGUAAAGGACUGA